UUAAAUGAAAUACUUGUAAAUGAGUGUACUACAGUCAUGUUAAUGGGCAAAUGUGUGCUAACUUUAUUUAGCUUAAAUGAAUAAAUGUUACUUGAACCAGGACGAAUCUGCUGAGUUUUUCUCACAGUAUGUUGUCGUACCCGUGGAUUCGGACACUUCCAGAGAGUAAAAUGUUACUAACGUGUUUGUAGAAACAAAUCUCCCGCUGGCAUCGCCGCCGAGAAACAGGAACAAGGUUGUUUACAUAUUAUUGAUCCAGUAAUUGUUGCUGCUGAAAUGGGAUCUCCUGAGAAAAAUGCGACCCCGCACCGAGUGAAAAUUUGUUCCCCAAGUCAAGAGCAAGACUCCCCACUUCCUCCCAUCGAGGAGCGUCUAGCGUACCUCCUUCCUUCCAGGGAGCUGCUGGAGUUCUACAGACAGAAAAUCACCCAGUAUGACGAUGAACACGAGGAUUUGUUGCAGACGCUGGAAAAGUAUAGAAGUGUCACCGAGGACCAGAACAAACUACAGCGGGAAAUACGACAGCGUGAAGGAGAGAUCACAGAGCUUCAAAAUGCUCUAAGCGACAUGCAGGUCUACCUUUUCCAAGAGAGAGAGCAGUCUCUAAGACUUUACGCUGAAAAUGAUAGACUGAAGAUCAGGGAGUUGGAGGACAGAAAGAAAGUCCAACACCUUCUUACACUCAUUGGUCCUGAUGCUGGAGAGGUCACGUAUUUCCAUCAGGAGCCUCCUCACAAGGUCACUAUAACUCAGAAGCGCCUUGAAACCGAAUUGGAGGAAAAUUUUAAUCUUAGGCCAACGAGGUUAAGGCCGUCUGCAACAGCAAAAGAAACCAGUAGACGGACAAAAUCAACUGAUGGUUUCAGUAAAGGAAGCUUGGCUCAGUACAAGAAUGAAAACCAGACGUUGUUGCUACAGGUGGAGGCGCUUCAAGCUCAGAUGGAGGAACAGACUCGUUUAGCCAAAGAACAGGUUGAAGCUCUGCUUGAAGACCGAAAGAUUAAAACCGAGGAGGCUCAGGCGCAGCGGCAGAGAGACCAAGAACGCAUCGCUGCUUUGAAUGACAAACUCCAGCGAACUCAGAACUUGCUGCAUGAAAGCACCAGAGAUUUCUUACAGCUGAAGUUUGACACCCGAGCUCGUGAGGAGAGCUGGAUGGUUGAAAAGGAUCGGCUGCUGAGGGAAUUAGAUUCUUGCCACAGUCGCCUGAGAAAAGCCGGGUCCAGUGGUGCUGAGCGGGGAAGAGCACGGCAGCCCAGCAGCAGCAGAGCAACUCUUCUGCCUCGGCCUCAGCCGAAGUUAGGACAGCCUCCAAAAUAUGAGUUAAAGGCACUGCAGGAGGAUCUGAAGCAGGCCCACCAUCUGGUGGAGAUGUACAGAGAGCAGUGCAUUGCUAUGGAGACAGAACUGUCCCAGAUCAGGGAGGAAGGAGACGCAGGACGGGAAAUAUUCAAGGACCGCUCAGACAAAAUGGCCAAGCGUCUCCAGCUGAUGACUCAGCGUUAUGAGGCUUUGGAGAAGAGAAGAGCUAUGGAGGUGGAGGGCUUCAAGGCAGACCUGAAAAUCCUCAGACAAAAGCUCAAAGAUGUGGAGAAACAGCUUUUAAAGGUCACGCUGAAUGUUGGACCCAAUCAGGACCUGGCCAUUCUGCAUGAAGUACGACAAACCAGUUCCAGAACCAAACGGGUUCAGAGUGAGCUGAUGGCCCUGAAGGCCAAAAUCUUUGGACUUGAAAAUGAGCUUCGAUUCAGCUGAAAACAUUCAGAUUCUGUUCCUGAUGUUUUUCUGAAUCCAUGACUUUGAUGGUAAUCCCUAUAAUUUCUUGAAAUGAAUGUCUAUAAUUUCUGCUUUGACCCAAUAAAAUUUUCAUUUUGCAGUAAUUUUUGAAUUAUGGUGAAAAUGUCUUAUUACAGUUAUUAGUUUUUUUUUUUUGUCCUCUUUGACCAAGGUGGCAUGUGGGAAACAUCAGGACAAUCUCCGCUACACUAAAAUGAUUUCGGAUCUGCAUUUUCUCUGCCAUCUCAUAAAAUCGAGCCAUUGCUGAGACUUUUUAGUUGGCUGAUGAGAUGUGCCUAUGUGAUGCAGCCCAUUCACUGUAAUAGAUGGGUAAUGAUUUAUUUAUGCCAAAAUUAAAAAUAAUUGUAAACGUU